AUGUCUUCUCGCAGCCAUUCCGGACAAGAUGAAGACGUUGAAGAUGAGAAUAUUGCUUUCCAUGGGCGAAAACAUGUAAGGCGCCACGAGCGGAAAGACAGAGCUUCCGUGAAAACAAGUGGCGACCUACCACAGGAGGGGUCAGAAAAGAAACGUCGUCCCAAACUACAUCGAACUUCUAGUGAUGGUGAACGAUAUUCUUCGCCAAGUGACAGUGAGGCAUCACAUAAAAUAGCAUAUUACAGUGACGGGGACCUCGCAGCCGAACGCAAGGUCCGACACUCAAGCAAGCAUCGUCAUCGACGAAGCCACUUGUCCGCAACAGACGCAACGUCCGGUAAAAGUGCAGGGAGUAGCUAUCAUGAGAGUUCGGACGAGAAGAAACAUAACCCAGGGACCGAAAUAUCUCGACUCAGCAAGGAGAGACAAAGGCGUAGGCAAGGGCGAAGGGAGAGGAAGAGAGAAGUUUUCCUCAGUGACUUAGAUAAAUGUAUUAAAGCCUCCGAAAAGAGGGGGUGGCAGCCUAGUGAACUGAAAACCUGGAACAGAUUCCGUAGGAGGGUAGAGCGACUUGAUAUUCGGCAAAGCGAUUAUGAAGAUUUGCUCAUGGAGAGGAGGGAGGAGUUCCUCCUAAAAUAUAAAGAAGCACUGCAGAAAGGAAAAAAGAAACUAGAUAGAUUGGACGACGACGCUUUAAGGAGAAGCCUAGAGACCAAGUGGGACUCCGACAACCGCCUAGGAUACGUCGAAUCAGAACUCGCCAAGGUAAAUAGAGAGAAGGAGUUAGCAGCCUUUGUCCAAAGAGUAAAGGAUCAUACCUUCGAUCGAACACUCUAUUAUCAUGAUUAUUGA